ACAACCGUCUGACGUCCGUCUGUCUUUGAAAUGGCGUUGAUGUAGUUUAAUACGCCGUUAUUUGUAGUUAUUGUGCUCGUUUUGGUCGCUUCAGAUUUUAGUUUUCUGGUCCAGUGUAAACUUCUGGACCUGGCCUCUAUAUUUGGGCAUUGCGGAGUUGAUAAACAAAAAUGUGGUAAAGCAAAUUGUUUAUAAUUUACGUUGCAUAAUAAGGCCGCAGCUACCCCCGAUCUUGCGUAGGGAUUACAACGGCUUUUGAAUGCUUGGCCUCCCGCAGCUAAAUUUUGGUUUCCAAGUGAAUCCCGGUGGACAUGUGUAUCAGUAACAGGAAUCUGGAAGUGACAGACAACAGCAACAUUACCCUUACUGCAUAAAAGCAUUUAGUUUGUUAAAUAGUCCCUCCCACGUGAGUUAGAUUUUGACAUCUUAACAUUAAUAACGACUGAAAGCUAAUUCACACCCACACUUAAUAUGGCAUCGGUUCCAGUGUACUGCUUGUGUCGCCUGCCAUAUGAUGUGACACGCUUUAUGAUCGAGUGUGACAUUUGUCAAGACUGGUUCCAUGGAAGCUGUGUUGGAGUAGAGGAGGACAAAGCAGCUGAGAUUGACCUGUAUCACUGCCCCAACUGUCAGGUCACCCAUGGACCAUCUGUCAUGCGCAAACGCCGUGGAGGCAAUAAGCAGACAGAUGGUGGUGCUGCUGGAGCAAGAGAUCCAGGUCGGCCUGUUAAGACUGGCAGCCCACAGUUUGUCAGGGAGCUACGGAGCCGCACCUUCCCAGGUGCGGAUGAAGUCUUGCUAAAACCGUCAGGGGCCCAGCUGACAGUCGAGUUUCUGGAAGAGCAUUCAUUCAGUGUUCCUGUCAUGGUGCUGAGGCGGGAUGGCCUCGGCAUGACCCUUCCUCCGGCAUCAUUCGGCGUCAGCGAUGUAGAGCACUAUAUUGGUUCAGACAAACAGAUUGAUGUGAUUGAUGUGUCUCGGCAAUGUGACCUAAAGAUGCGAUUGGGAGACUUUGUUGAAUACUACAACAGCCCCAACAGAGACAGAGUGCUCAAUGUCAUCAGCCUGGAGUUCUCUGAGACCAGGCUAUCGAACUUGGUGGAGACUCCAAAGAUUGUGAGGAAACUGUCAUGGGUUGAAAACCUCUGGCCUGAAGAGUCUGUGUUUGAACGCCCUAAUGUGCAGAAAUACUGCCUAAUGGGAGUGAAGGACAGCUACACAGACUUCCACAUUGACUUUGGUGGCACCUCGGUAUGGUACCAUGUCCUGAGGGGUGAAAAAAUCUUCUACCUAAUAUCCCCCACCGCAGCCAACUUGGCACUUUUUGAGCGGUGGAGUUCCUCAUCUAACCAGAAUGAGAUGUUCUUUGGAGACCAAGUUGAUAUGUGUUACAAGUGCUCUGUCAAACAAGGAAACACCUUGUUCAUACCAACAGGGUGGAUUCAUGCUGUGUUGACACCAGUGGACUGCCUGGCCUUUGGAGGAAACUUCUUGCAUAGUCUAAACAUUGACAUGCAGCUGCGAGCAUAUGAAAUAGAGAAGAGACUAAGCACAGCAGACUUGUUCAGUUUUCCCAACUUUGAGACUGUGUGCUGGUAUGUUGGAAAGCACCUUCUUGAUACCUUCAGAGGUUUGAGAGAAAACCGCAGACAUCCUGCCACUUACCUGGUUCACGGAGCUAAGGCCUUAAACAAUGCCUUCCGCAGCUGGACCCGUAAAGAGGCUUUAGCAGAUCAUGAAGUGGAGAUUCCAGAAACCAUCAACACUCAGACACUAGUGAAGGACCUGGCCAAGGAGAUUCGUCUGGUUGAGGACAUCUUCCAGCAAAACAUUGGCCGCACUGGACCUCAGUUUCCUGGUUCGCCACUCUCUAAAGCUCCUCUGACCACCUCCCAGAAUUCAGGACGCCCUCCUGGAAAAAAGAAAGGACCCAAGCCCAAAGAGGUGAUAGGGGGUCUUGUGUCCCCAGGGACCAAGAAGAAAAGUCAGAAGGGGCUACUUAAGGCAGAAGCCGGAGAACUUGACCUCAUUGAGAUCCACACCAAACAUACACUCAAAAAAUUUCAACCUGGCAAGUCGAAAAACAAGAACAAGUUGGAGUUGCCUUUAGAGGAAUUUGAAGGGAAGCUAAAUAAAAGCAAACUGAAACUUGUGCUGACCAAUGGAAAAAUCCAAAGUAAGAAGGACAGCAGCAGUAAUGGUGCAGGAAGGGCAGGAAAGUACAAACAUCUUGCCAUGGAGGGAUCCAGUCUGUCUGACUUGGAGUCCGAGGAUGAGCUGCAGAUUGAUGAGACCCCUCCCCCACGACGCAAGCCUGCAGGAUCAAGCAAGAAAAAGAAACUAAGCGGUCUUCCUAGGAAGCUGCCCAGAGCCAAACCCUGCUCUGACCCCAAUCGCAUCAGGGAGCCAGGAGAAGUAGACUUUGACAUCGAGGAGGAUUACACCACAGAUGAAGAGGCACUAGCCGCCCACGGGGUGAAGGGUGGAGCGGGGGGCAUUCUGGACUUAUUAAAGGCCAGCAAACAAGUGGCAGGCUUGGACUCUGCAACACUCAGUGAGGAAGCACCAGCCUCUCCCAGUACUCGUGAUGCCAUACAGGGAAUGCUAUCAAUGGCCAACCCCCCUUCCUCAUCCUCAUCUUCCUCCUCUUCAUCUCCCCUAUCCAUUCCUGGAGGCCUGGCAGAGGGAUUAGGGGUGGUCAAGGAAAAGGGGGGCAAGGCUGUGUGGGUGACUGGAGGGGUCAAAAAGACAAGAAGUCCUGAGAAGAAACCUGUCAUCCAACGGCCUGGGAAACGGCCAAUUAAACGGCCAGCUCGUCACCUUAGUGACGAUGACAGUCCAGAUGAGCAAGAGACUCUGGGAACCUGUUUUAAAGAUUCCGACUAUGUUUACCCAUCCUUGGAGUCUGAUGAGGAGGACCAUGCUAAUAAGGCUAAGAUGAAGCGGAAGAAAAACUGGGAUGACACACCUUGGAGCCCGAAAGCCAGGGUGAUGCCCACCCUUCCCAAACAGGAUCGACCAGCCAGGGAAGGGGCUAGAGUCGCAUCUGUAGAAACUGGUCUUGCAGCAGCUGCUGCCAAGCUGGCACAACAAGAGCAGCAAAAGCCUGCCAAAAGGAAGUACACCAAAAAGCAGCGUCCUCCUGCUCCGGUAGCCCCUCCUCCCCCUGUUCAGACUGAGCCAGCCCCACCCUCGCCACCACCUGCUCCAGAGUCUGCAGCAGACUUGAGCCCAGAUAGGAGGAUGGAUUACUACUCUGCUAGUCUGUUGGACCAUGAAUACACAGCGGGGCCAGGACCUUUUGGCCCUGGAGGCCCUCGAGGCAGCGGAGCCAUGGCCCCUGGUGUAUUCCUCACUUCACGCCGACCUUCACUUUCUCCGCAGAACAGCAGCUCUCACUCUGGUGCAUCGCCUGCAAGUUUGGCCAGCCAAGGCACAACAGGAGUUGGUCAAGGGAAACGUCCAAAGAAAGGACUUGCAACUGCAAAACAGAGACUUGGAAAAAUUCUGAAAAUUCACCGUAACGGCAAACUUCUCUUGUAAGAGAUGUUGGAAAUGUGGUUGAAGACUUUUAAGUUAGAGUGAAUGAAGAAAAAGAUUUUUGUGAAAGUAGGUCUGAAGGAAAUAGAGAUAGUGAUCUAUAUUUUGUACUCUAGAUACAUUUGUUUACAGUUUUCACCUGUUGUUGAACCUCACUAUAUCUUGUCCUACACAAAUUACUCUGCCCAGCAAAUUAACAGCCUGUUUUGGCACUCCAUUUAUCCAUAUCUGCAUAUCUCCAUAUGAAGUUAUUUUAAGAGGCUCUUCUGUGACUUGAAACAAAUGGUAAGUAACUCCUAAUGAUCACAUACCAUUUGACAUGGGCAAUAGGAAAUUGUGAAACACAUUUUUAAAAUGACUGGCGGACAUGAUUUAAAUAGCUAGAUUAAUUGACCCCUUUUAGUUAGGUUAUUUUAGUGGCUCUUUAUGAAAAGACAUUCUACAUUUUUAAAAGGGAAGGAAAAACAACACAUGUUCUAGUCAGGUAAAAUGUAAUGGCUUUAUAGCCCACACACACACACACACACACACACACACACACACACACACACACAGUUAUAGUCUUGUAUUUAGUUGUCUCUUUACCUCAUAAACACACUCUUGUGUAUGUAUGAUGAUUCCAGGAUGCCAAUCUUUACACACAAUAAACAGUUUUACAAAAAAACAGUGUAUGCACAUGGUCAGCACCCAGAAUGCCACAUAUAAAUUAUUCUUGAGGAAUUUGGAACUUGUUUGUAUAACUCAUUUUCCUCCUGUUAUGUCUAGGAGCAGAGGACUAACAAUUAAAAUAAACCUGUGGGAAAAAAACAAGGGAUAGGUGGAAACAAGUCAAGGAUAAAUCCAAUAAUUAGUUGUAUAGUAUAUGUUUUAUACUGUAGCUCUACACAUGAAGUACACAUUACCCAACUGAUGCCAAGAGUAACAUCAGACUGAUCAUUAUUAUUUAACAAGGCAGCACUUUGCCAUCUCUUAGCCUGUUUUAACAUGGUAUGUUUUUACCACCUCAUCUUCUUGGUCCCUUAUUUAAUUAUUUUCAACCACUUAAUACCUGCACAAAAUGUUUAUCCAUGUUAGAUUUUUUUUUUUUUUUUUUUUUUUUACAGUUUGUUGUCAUUGUAAAUAUUUGUAAUAUUUGUAAUUUAUAUAGGUACAUUGGAAGAGCAGAACAAAUGAGAUGAAGAGACUAGUUUCCUGCAAGUUGCCAUAAUUUGUGCCACAACUUUUGGCAGCAUUCUUGGGUCAGAUGUAGACAUGUGCUUUCUUUUCACAGAAUGUACUAGUUAUCAAAUGUUGGCAGAAGUGUAGAUUUAACUGUUAAAGGUGCAGGACAUGAAUUGAUAAUGUAAAUAUAUGUUGUAAUUUAAGUUCUUUUUAUAGGUCAAAAACUUUGAAAUCUUUCUUAACAUAACUUGUACAUGAUACAUUGCUGUAUUUGGAAAAUAUCUGAAAUAGUUCAUUUUUUUAUAUUUGUACGCAGUAAUUGUCAUGCUUAGUUUGUCAUGUUGUCUUGUCAGUGUAAUAGUGGAAAUGUUCUUGAAAAAAUGCCCUCAUUUAAUUUCAUCAUUUCGUUUUAUAUUAAUUAUUGUUGAUAUUCACUCUUGUUUUGGUGUGUAUUGUGUGUUUUAAACAUGUUUAAAAACUACCUGAAACAGAUAAAAUAUACCUUGGGCAAAUCUUA